AUGUCGCGCCCAUUUUCAUCAAUCUUGUUUGAGACUGCGGAUCGCUCUGUUGUUGUUGUCGACCUGCCAAGGUCCAUUGAGGAGGUGCAAGACGUAAUCGGUAUUGGUGACGGUGAUGUCGCUGGUAUAGCAAACAGUGGUCGGCAGCAACGCUGCCAACGAUUGAUUUCGACGCCAGCGCCUACAGAGCCCUUUGAUACACCACGAGGCUCGGAUACCAUCGACUAUGCGGCCGGUCGAAGCUUGGCUGGCCAGCUGGCCGAGUUGACGACCCGGGCUUCCGUGGAGAGCGCUCUCCGUGAGCUGAAGACAGCCGCGUUCGACGGCCCGUGGUGUCUUCCGCGUUGCCUCUCAGAUCACGCAGUCCAGACAGACGCUAGUGAGGGCCAGCCCGACGACCCGCUCAUCCCACCCGGGGCACGUUAUCUGGACGGGACUAUUGCAGACCGCCGAGACGAGUUCCUCGCCGCUGCGCCCGAGUUCGACGUGAUCGUUAUGGACCCGCCGUGGCCCAACCGGUCGGCUCGGCGGCGACGGCAGGGCCGCAAGAGAAAGCGCAGUGCACUGGAUAAGGGGGAAGAUGCAGAAGUACAUGGCACCGACAGUGGCUACGACACAGCUUCGGACAUGGCCGUUCUGCGGGACAUCUUGGGACAGAUCCCCGUUGGUGCAAAGCUGGCCCGUAGUGGAAUCGUCGCUGUGUGGGUGACCAACAAGCCAGCCUGCGAGGCCCUCCUAACGGACGCCAAGCAUGGCCUGUUCCGCACAUGGGGGGUCGAGCUGGUGGCGACUUGGACCUGGGUCAAAGUGACCAGCAGCGGCGAGCCCAUCGUCGCGAUGGACGCGCAGUGGCGCAAGCCGUGGGAGCGUUUGUUGUUGGCUCGACGGCCAGCUGGAAACGGAGGCAUCUCAUCAACGGCUCUCCCUGCGCAUCGUGUGAUCGUGGGUGUUCCCGAUGUGCACUCGCGCAAGCCGCACCUUAAGCCACUGUUGGCGCCGUUCUUGCCGUCUUUUCCUGCUUCAGAGAUUCGUGGACUUGAAAUAUUUGCACGGAAUCUGACGUCCGGUUGGUGGGCAUGGGGUAAUGAAGUGCUUCUGUUCCAGCACCCGUCAUGGUGGACAACAGCUAUAGAGCCAGAAGAGGCUGUCGUUGAUACCAAAUAA